AUGCCCAGCGCCGUUGCCAACCUCCCCCCUACGCAGCACACCACCCGCAAUGCCGCUCUCUCCACAGAAUACCAGGAGGCUUAUCAGUGGCGCGGACUGCCGGAGAAGCCCGUAGCCACAAACGAUGACAACGACUACCCACAGGUACAUGUAGACCCCAGCAUGUACAACUCGACCAGCAGGGACGCCUACAAGAAGUACGACCCCGACGCGUACAAGCGCGAGAUGCCGGCGGACGACGAGUGCGACCAGAAGGCCCCCGUGGACCCCAGCAUGUACAACACGACCAGCAGGGACGCCUACAAGAAGUACGACCCCGACGCGUACAAGCGGGAGAUGCCGGCGGACGAAGAGUGCGACCAGAAGGCCCCCGUGGACCCCAGCAUGUACACCUCGACCAGCAGGGACGCCUACAAGAAGUACGACCCUGACGCGUACAAGCGGGAGAUGCCGGCGGACGAAGAGUGCGACCAGAAGGCCCCCGUGGACCCCAGCAUGUACAACACGACCAGCAGGGACGCCUACAAGAAGUACGACCCCGACGCGUACAAGCGGGAGAUGCCGGCGGACGACGAGUGCGACCAGAAGGCCCCCGUGGACCCCAGCAUGUACACCUCGACCAGCAGGGACGCCUACAAGAAGUACGACCCCGACGCGUACAAGCGGGAGAUGCCGGCGGACGACGAGUGCGACCAGAAGGCCCCCGUGGACCCCAGCAUGUACAACACGACCAGCAGGGACGCCUACAAGAAGUACGACCCCGACGCGUACAAGCGGGAGAUGCCGGCGGACGACGAGUGCGACCAGAAGGCCCCCGUGGACCCCAGCAUGUACAACACGACCAGCAGGGACGCCUACAAGAAGUACGACCCCGACGCGUACAAGCGGGAGAUGCCGGCGGACGACGAGUGCGACCAGAAGGCCCCUGUGGACCCCAGCAUGUACAACACGACCAGCAGGGACGCCUACAAGAAGUACGACCCCGACGCGUACAAGCGGGAGAUGCCGGCGGACGACGAGUGCGACCAGAAGGCCCCCGUGGACCCCAGCAUGUACAACACGACCAGCAGGGACGCCUACAAGAAGUACGACCCCGACGCGUACAAGCGGGAGAUGCCGGCGGACGACGAGUGCGACCAGAAGGCCCCCGUGGACCCCAGCAUGUACAACACGACCAGCAGGGACGCCUACAAGAAGUACGACCCCGACGCGUACAAGCGGGAGAUGCCGGCGGACGACGAGUGCGACCAGAAGGCCCCCGUGGACCCCAGCAUGUACAACACGACCAGCAGGGACGCCUACAAGAAGUACGACCCCGACGCGUACAAGCGGGAGAUGCCGGCGGACGACGAGUGCGACCAGAAGGCCCCCGUGGACCCCAGCAUGUACAACACGACCAGCAGGGACGCCUACAAGAAGUACGACCCCGACGCGUACAAGCGGGAGAUGCCGGCGGACGACGAGUGCGACCAGAAGGCCCCCGUGGACCCCAGCAUGUACAACACGACCAGCAGGGACGCCUACAAGAAGUACGACCCCGACGCGUACAAGCGGGAGAUGCCGGCGGAUGAAUUUAGGAAUCAUCGUGAAAUUGAUGGAGAUAUGUUCAUGUCCUCUGGUGUUAAAUGCUCUCAGGAAGGUGAAACUGUAAGGUCAGCGGGUGAGGUAUUGGAUGAACGGAUAGUGUACGGCUCGUGUGCUGUGGAAGGCGAUGGCCGUGCUGAGAGAGGUGUGGAGAGGGGUGGGGGGUUGUUGUCGGAGCAGCAGAAGGAGGUUGCUGGAUCGAUUGUAAGCGAGGCGUCUGCGAAGCCGGCUGAAUGCUUAGGGCCAACUGCUGUUGAUAGUACACCUGCAAGGGUGGAGGAGUUGCACAACCGCCGUGGGCUUGCGUGCCCUUCCAUCUACGAGAGUACGUACGCAAAGGACUUCAGCGCCUCUGGCAGCGUGACAGCCUCGUUGGCGGGGAAUUCGGCUGUUCCGCCGCUGAGCAUCCCAACAUAUCGAAAUUCUGGUAGCAAGAAGAAUACCGGCCGUUCGUCCGUACGCGCCCCCACCAUCGCUAGCCAAGCGAAGAACAGCGCUGCGGCUGCAACUAAGUAUCAAGCACCCGGCUCCCAGAGGAGCUCAGCAGAGGAGAUGCCGGUCAAGAAGGUGCAACCGGGGGCUCCAGCGCAGAAGGAAGGGCUGGCCAUACCCCAACCUCGGCGGAAGGGGUCGUACGAGACUGAAUACAACAAAAAUUACCGCGCGUACAGCAGCACGCCUACUCCUCUCACCACGCCGCGUCACACACAGGCGUGUGUCCACCAUGUGGACCCAGCGUUCUACACCACGACCUGCAACUCUGCCUACGCGGCACCGCCACCGGCACCAGUGCGCUCGGCUUUCACACGGCCGGCAGUGGCGGCUCGUCACGUGGACCCAGCAUUCUACACCACGACCUGCAACUCUGCCUACGCGGCACCGCCACCGGCACCAGCGCGCUCAGCCUUUCCACGGCCGGCAGUGGCUGUUCGUCAUGUGAACCCCAGCAUGUACGUCAGCACGAGCCGUGCCACUUACUUGUAA